AUGGUAAUUGUUGACGAAUUACCAUUCAAGUUUGUGGAAGGUAAAGGAUUUAAGAAAUCUGUCGAUAGAUUAACAUGUGCAAGUCAACCUAGAUUUGUUGUUCCGUCUUGGUUUACUGUGGCUAGAGAUGUGCUUAAGUUGUAUGUUAAUGAGAAAAAACAUUUGAAAGACAUGUUUGUGAACAAUAAGUAUAGAGUUUCUCUCACUACGGAUUGUUGGACAUCGGGACAAAAUAUAAAUUACAUGGUUUUACCCAUUGAAAAGAAUUUGAAGGAUUGGGGCAUUGAAAGGGUAUUGACUUUGACUGUUGAUAAUAAAAGUUCGAAUGACACUGUCAUUGCUUAUCUUCUGAAAAGAUUCAAUAAGGGAUUAUUGCUUGGUGGAGAAUUUCUGCAUGUUCAUUGUUGUGCUCGUAUAUUAAAUCUCAUAGUAUGUAAUGCUUUUAAGGAACAUAAUGAUUGCAUUGAAAGGAUUCGAUAUGCUGUACGAUGGAACUCUACAUAUUUGAUGCUUGAGGCAGCUGUGAAGUUUGAAAAGGCUUUUGAUAGAUUAGAAGAUGAAGAUUUUUAUAAUAUAUACGAUUUGUCACCAAAUACGGAAGAUUGGACAAAUGCUAAGAUGUUGAUUAGGUUUUUAAAGGUAUUUUAUGAUGUGACAUUGAAAAUUUCAGGGUCUUUGUACACCACUUCGAAUAUGGUUUUUCAUCAAAUUACAGUAGUUCAGAAUUGUAUACAUUUGAAUGUUGGUAAUGCAAAUGAAAUUCUAGUUGGAAUGGCCAAUAGCAUGAAGGCCAAAUUUGAGAAGUAUUGGGGAACAAUGAAAAAAGUUGUCAAAUCUAUAGGAAAUGUAGUAGAACAAUGUUGUAGACGUCUCUUUCAUGAGUACAGUAUUACUCAUACUCAGAGUGGGAAUGGGAGAGGAAGUAAGAGUACUUGUACUACUACUAAUACACCAAUUAUCUCAGCCUCAAAGACCAUGAUUGAUUGUGAUCCAACUGAAAAAAAUGAAGGUGAUUUUGACAUACUUCAAUGGUGGAAGAGGAGCAGUCAUCGGUUUGAGGUUCUUAGUCGUAUGGCUAGAGAUAUUUUGGCAAUUACAGUAUCUACUGUAGCGUCUGAGUCGGCUUUUAGUAUAGAAGGACGUGUUGUUGAUUCAUCACGUUGUUCAUUGGCUCCAAAAACAGUGGAGGCUUUCAUUUGUACUCAAAAUUGGCUAAAUUCUGGUCCAAUAGAUCUUGAAGUCUAUUAUGACAUGGAAGAAGCUUCAUUAUUUAAAGAAGGAUUCAGAGCGAUUAUGGACAACGAAAAAGACAUUCAAGACCUUCCAGAUGUUGCAAAGUUGUCAGUUAUCGAUUAA